CGGUUUUGAGGGAGCUUUACAUCAAAUCAAACCGGAACCGGGUUUAAAAACAUUUGGCAAAAACCCUCAGCUCUCCAAACUUCAGUGAGAGUGAGAAACAACCACCAUGGCGGCUACGACGAUGACGACGACUCUUGGCUUUGUUUUGCCGACGAGUUUAUCCCCCCGUCGCGGUGGAUUCAGAGUUUCGGUCAUCCGAUGCUCCGCUUCUCCUCUCACUACAUCCACCGGCUCUGCCGCCUCUGGUGUAGUGGAGAAACCGUGGAGUACAUACGACGCUAGGCUUGUGUUAGAAGACGGUUCUAUAUGGCCUGCCAAGUCCUUUGGUGCUCCUGGAACCCGUGUUGCUGAACUGGUCUUUAACACAUCCUUGACAGGGUAUCAAGAGAUUCUGACUGAUCCUAGUUAUGCUGGGCAGUUUGUGCUAAUGACAAACCCACAAAUUGGUAACACCGGUGUGAACCUCGAUGAUGAAGAAUCUGAACAAUGCUUCCUUGCUGGCUUGGUGAUUAGAAGUCUAAGCAUCAGUACCUCGAAUUGGAGAUGCACUAAAACACUUGCUGACUAUCUAACGGAGAGGAACCUCAUGGGAAUCUAUGAUCUUGACACUCGAGCAAUAACUCGUCGAUUAAGAGAAGAAGGCAGUCUUAACGGUGUGCUUAGCACAGAACAAUCCAAAACAGACGAAGAGCUUCUGCACAUGUCCCGUUCUUGGGAUAUCGUAGGUAUUGAUCUGAUAAGUGAUGUCUCCUGCAAAUCUCCCUACGAGUGGGUCGACAAAACAGACCCUGAAUGGGAUUUUAAUACUAAUACACGCGAUGGGAAGCCCUACAGAGUUAUUGCGUACGAUUUUGGCAUCAAGCAUAACAUCCUAAGACGCCUGUCCUCUUACGGAUGUCAAAUCACCGUUGUUCCGUCGACAUUUCCAGCUUCCGAGGCUCUUAAAAUGAAUCCAGACGGGAUUUUGUUCAGCAACGGACCUGGAGACCCUUCUGCUGUUCCGUAUGCUGUGGAGACGGUCAAAGAGCUUCUCGGUAAAGUUCCUGUUUACGGUAUCUGUAUGGGUCAUCAGUUGCUGGGACAGGCUUUGGGUGGUAAAACCUUCAAGAUGAAGUUUGGUCAUCAUGGAGGCAACCACCCGGUUCGUAAUAACAGAACUGGCCAGGUGGAGAUCAGUGCUCAGAACCACAACUAUGCGGUUGACCCGGCUUCACUCCCCGGAGGGGUAGAAGUGACGCAUGUCAAUCUCAAUGAUGGAAGCUGUGCGGGUCUAUCUUUCCCGGCUAUGAAUGUCAUGUCUCUCCAGUACCACCCUGAAGCCUCCCCUGGACCUCACGACUCUGAUAACGCGUUUAGAGAGUUCAUAGAGCUUAUGAAGAGGUCGAAACAGAGCUCCUGAUUAAUGGGAUGCAAACAAGAACUCUUUCUUUGUUUUGUAGUACUAUUUAAUGUUUCAACCAUAUCGCACUUAAGUUAAACCCAAGUGUUUUGUCAGUGACAAUGGAGUGAAAUUCUUGUUUUGUCUGUGACUAUGUUAAGGAACCAGCCGACACCUCUUUAAUUUUAAAUAAAUGUAACCAGUAGAAUAAAUA